GGGGGCGGGGAGAGCGCGCGCCCAGGAGGCUGCGGCAGUUGCGCGCUGGGAUUGCUGCCGUGCGGCGGGACCGGAUUGAGCGUACAGUUAAAACAAAAUGACAACCUCCUGGAGUGAUCGGUUACAGAAUGCAGCAGAUAUGCCUGCUAACAUGGAUAAACAUGCCCUGAAAAAGUAUCGGCGAGAAGCCUAUCAUCGGGUGUUUGUGAACCGGAGUUUAGCCAUGGAAAAAAUAAAGUGUUUUGGUUUUGACAUGGAUUAUACACUCGCUGUGUACAAGUCCCCGGAGUAUGAGUCCCUUGGCUUUGAGCUUACCGUGGAGAGAUUAGUUUCUAUUGGCUAUCCUCAGGAACUUCUCAGCUUUGCAUAUGACUCUACAUUCCCUACCAGGGGACUAGUAUUUGAUACACUGUAUGGAAAUCUUUUGAAAGUUGAUGCCUAUGGAAACCUCUUGGUCUGUGCACAUGGAUUUAACUUCAUAAGGGGUUCUCAGGUAGCUGCUCAGAAGAGACCAGAAACUAGAGAGCAGUAUCCAAAUAAAUUUAUUCAACGAGAUGACACUGAAAGAUUUUACAUUCUGAACACACUAUUCAACCUACCAGAGACCUACCUGUUGGCCUGCCUAGUAGAUUUUUUUACUAAUUGUCCCAGAUAUACCAGCUGUGAAACAGGAUUUAAAGAUGGGGACCUCUUCAUGUCUUACCGGAGUAUGUUCCAGGAUGUAAGAGACGCAGUUGACUGGGUUCAUUACAAGGGUUCCCUUAAGGAAAAGACAGUUGAAAAUCUUGAGAAGUAUGUAGUCAAAGAUGGAAAACUGCCUUUGCUUCUGAGCCGGAUGAAGGAAGUAGGAAAAGUAUUUCUUGCCACCAACAGUGACUAUAAAUAUACAGAUAAAAUUAUGACUUACCUGUUUGAUUUUCCACAUGGCCCCAAGCCUGGGAGCUCUCAUCGGCCGUGGCAGUCCUACUUUGACCUGAUCUUGGUGGACGCACGGAAACCACUGUUCUUUGGAGAAGGCACAGUACUGCGUCAGGUGGAUACUAAAACUGGCAAGCUGAAAAUUGGUACCUACACGGGCCCCUUACAGCAUGGCAUCGUCUACUCUGGGGGUUCAUCUGAUACAAUUUGUGAUCUUUUGGGAGCCAAGGGCAAAGACAUUUUGUAUAUUGGAGAUCACAUCUUUGGGGACAUUUUAAAAUCAAAGAAACGGCAAGGGUGGCGAACUUUCUUGGUGAUUCCUGAACUCGCACAGGAACUGCAUGUCUGGACCGAUAAGAGUUCACUUUUUGAAGAGCUUCAGAGCUUGGAUAUUUUCUUGGCUGAACUCUACAAGCACCUUGACAGCAGCAGCAAUGAGCGCCCAGAUAUCAGCUCCAUCCAGAGACGUAUUAAGAAAGUAACUCACGAUAUGGACAUGUGCUACGGGAUGAUGGGGAGCCUGUUCCGCAGUGGCUCCCGGCAGACCCUCUUUGCCAGUCAGGUGAUGCGCUAUGCUGAUCUCUAUGCAGCAUCUUUCAUCAACCUGCUGUAUUACCCGUUCAGCUACCUCUUCAGAGCUGCCCACGUCUUGAUGCCUCAUGAGUCCACAGUGGAGCACACACAUGUAGAUAUCAAUGAGAUGGAGUCCCCUCUCGCCACCCGGAACCGCACAUCAGUGGAUUUCAAAGAUACCGACCACAAGCGGCACCAGCUGACACGGUCAAUCAGUGAGAUUAAGCCCCCCAACCUCUUCCCACUGGCCCCCCAGGAAAUCACACACUGCCAUGACGAAGAUGAUGAUGAGGAGGAGGAGGAGGAAGAGGAGGAGUGAGGAGAAAGAUGCUGAGCACUCAUUACACAAGUCCUGGCAGGACUCACAGGAGCAAAGGAUGUCCUUGUGUGGGUCCUAGUGGGGGGUGGGGGUGGGUUCCAUCAAAGGUACAUCUGGAAAGUUUCUGAAGACUAAAUAUUCUAAUCAUAGGGAGAUACUUGUUUUAGUUUUGUGUGUCUGCACUCUUUGCAGAUGGUUCAAAAUUGGAGUCUGUAUUGGAGGAAAGUAAGGGUAAAGCUGGGCUGAACUGCAUGCAGCUGGCUCCAUCAUGGCUUUGUGACGCGGUUUCCUUGCUUGUUUCAUCAUUGGUGUGUGGCAUUGUAUUAUCCAGAUACACUAAGGGUGGCGAAGGGUCUCAGAGUGGAGCAAGGACGCCAGUGGGAAGAUGUGAUCCAAAAACGUUAUGGUACAAAUUGUGUUCUUACUCCGAAAUCCCAUCUUUUCAGUGCAUUGCAUAAGUAUUGUAUAUCAGUGGAGAAAUAUAUUAUUUCCAUUAUCAAAUGUAGUCUUGUGUUAAGGUCAGGGUUUCUUUACAAGCUUUUGGGUGUUUUCCAUGACUCUGGUAAGGCUGCUGUCAGUGGCUUUGCAGGAGUGUUCUCUACUUGCUGUAGGGCUGGUCUGGAAUGGACUGUAGUGAUUGCAUUUUGAGGCAAAAGUCUUCAUCCACAUCAACAGUAUUUAGAUUGAUAGCAAAAAUUGAAAAAAAAAAAAAAAAUCCCGCCCCGCCCAAAAUGGUCUUUUUCCCAAUCUGUGGAAAGAAUUUAGCUAAAAGAGGACAAAGGAGCAAGUCACCCGAAAAGAACAGAGCCUCCUUCUUCUUUACCAUAAGUAAGUAAAAUUCAUUAAUGUGGGCCAUACAGGUAGCUCAUGCCACCCCAUUCCAGCCUUCUCUAUCCUCUUUGUCUUUUAAACUCAAGCAUUAGAGGGUGGGAAGAGGGCUUUUUUGUGAGUCAGAACCAUUUACGAAACAGAGGGCACAAUCAGUGUGAAUAAAUUCACUUCAGACUCCCAAGUGAAAUCACUUCUUGUUGCUUGGAACAAGAAUGGGUCAUUACUGUACACUUUAAGGUAUUAUAACUGCCUCUUCAGAACAGUGAACCUUGUUACAACAUUGUGUAGACGCUCACUUUAACCUUCAUGUUUCUUCCAUUCUUACUGUUAUUUGUCAACAUGGGACGGUAGAUUAGCUGCUCUAGAAUCAAUAAAGUAUAAUAUUUCUAA